CCUCAGAACAAAGACCAGAAAGCUGUUAAUCCAGAAGAUGAUUUCCAGCGGGAAAUGAGUUUCUACCGCCAGGCCCAGGCUGCUGUGCUUGCAGUAUUACCCCGCCUCCAUCAGCUCAAAGUCCCUACCAAGAGGCCAACCGAUUAUUUUGCAGAAAUGGCUAAGUCCGAUCAACAGAUGCAAAAGAUUCGACAGAAGCUGCAGACUAAACAGGCCGCCAUGGAGAAGUCUGAAAAAGCUAAACAACUGCGAGCACUUAGGAAAUAUGGAAAGAAGGUGCAAACGGAAGUUCUUCAGAAGAGGCAGCAGGAGAAAAAGCAUAUGAUGAAUGCCAUUAAGAAAUAUCAGAAAGGCUUCUCUGAUAAACUGGAUUUCCUUGAGGGUGAUCAGAAAUCCGUCCCACAGGGCACAAAGGCAGCAGCUAAAGCCCAGCAGAUGAAGAAAGGGCCCAGUGCCAAGCGACGAUACAAAAACCAGAAGUUUGGUUUUGGUGGAAAGAAGAAAGGCUCCAAGUGGAACACUCGUGAGAGCCAUGAUGAUGUAUCCAGCUUCCGAGCCAAGACAGCCCAUGCCAAGGGCCCCAAGAGGCCUGGAAAGAAAGGAGCAAAUAAGAGACCUGGAAAACGAACGAGAGAGAAGAUGAAGAGCAGAACCCGUUGAUCAGCCUCUUUAUACAAAGAACAAAGCAAAAGGCAUGAAGCCUUGGAAUUUCAAAGUACAUUGGUUUCUUUUUGUUUAAAAAAAAAAAAAAAUCAAUGAAAUGUAUACUCUUGGACUGAAAGAUUUGGAAGUGACUUUGCAUAUUAAAUAAUAUUCCUAUUUAUUAAUAAUUUA